AAAAAUCACAAAUGUUUAAACAAUUUUCACAAAAACACAUUAAGUCAUCCUCGAGGAAGAUAGAGUAUUCUUUGUUUGGUUAGUUGGAUGCUUCGCCGAGUGACAUGUCUUUCUAGCUGAACUUCGUUUGGAUUAGAAAGAUUUACAGAAAUGGCGAAAAUGUUAAGAUUAGGAGCUAGAUUUUCCGUCAGCAAUAGUCAGAUACCGGCAACAUCAAGUGUUGUAUCAACCAUCAAGACCGAAGAGUUAAUGAAUGAUCACAUAAAUUCCCUUUGUAGAAAUAAUUUCUACAGGGAAGCACUGGAAGCGUUUGAUUUUGCGCAGAAGAACUCAAGCUGCAAGAUAAGGUUAAGAACCUAUAUCUCUUUAAUUUGUGCUUGCUCUUCAUCUAGAUCUCUAGCACAAGGCAGAAAGAUACAUGAUCACAUUUUGAAUUCCAACUGCAAGUAUGAUACUAUUCUUAAUAAUCACAUUCUUAGUAUGUAUGGGAAAUGUGGCUCGCUGAGGGAUGCUAGAGAAGUUUUUGAUUUUAUGCCUGGAAGGAAUUUGGUCUCUUACACAUCUGUGAUUACUGGCUAUUCACAGAACGGUCAGGAAGCCGAGGCAAUCAGAUUGUACUUGAAAAUGCUUCAGGAAGAUUUAGUUCCUGACCAGUUUGCAUUUGGAAGCAUCAUCAAAGCAUGUGCUAGUACUGGUGAUGUUGGGUUAGGGAAGCAACUGCAUGCGCAAGUCAUUAAGUUGGAAUCCAGUUCUCAUCUUAUUGCUCAAAAUGCUUUGAUUGCUAUGUAUGUUCGCUUCAAUCAAAUCUCAGAUGCCAGCAAAUUGUUCUAUGGUAUCCCAGCGAAGGAUCUAAUUUCGUGGAGCUCAAUCAUCGCAGGGUUCUCGCAACUUGGGUUUGAGUUUGAAGCCCUGAGCCACCUAAAAGAAAUGUUGUCUUUUGGUGUUUUCCAUCCAAAUGAAUAUAUAUUUGGUAGUUCUUUGAAAGCUUGUAGCAGUCUCCUUAGACCAGAUUAUGGUAGCCAAAUACAUGGGUUAUGCAUUAAGUCGGAGUUAGCUGGAAACGCUAUUGCAGGCUGUUCGCUCUGUGACAUGUAUGCUAGAUGCGGUUUCCUGGAUUCUGCAAGGAGAGUAUUUAAUCAAAUAGAAAGACCUGAUACAGCAUCGUGGAAUGUGAUCAUUGCUGGACUUGCAAAUAAUGGUUACGCUGAUGAGGCUGUAUCAGUUUUCUCUCAGAUGAGGAAUUCUGGUUUUAUUCCUGAUGCCAUCUCCUUGCGUUCUUUGCUCUGUGCUCAGACAAAACCAAUGGCUUUGUGUCAAGGCAUGCAAAUUCACUCUUUCAUUAUCAAGUGUGGUUUCCUGGCAGAUCUUUCAGUUUGCAACUCUCUGCUUACCAUGUACACCUUCUGCUCGGACUUGUAUCGUUGUUUUAAUUUAUUUGAAGACUUCAGAAACAACGCAGAUUCGGUUUCUUGGAAUGCUAUUCUGACGGCAUGUUUGCAACACGAACAGCCAGUAGAGAUGUUGAGAUUGUUUAAGCUGAUGCUUGUGUCUGAGUGUGAGCCAGAUCACAUAACCAUGGGUAAUCUGUUGCGGGGUUGUGUGGAAAUCUCAUCUCUAAAAUUGGGAAGUCAAGUCCAUUGCUAUAGUUUGAAAACCGGGUUGGUGCUUGAGCAAUUUAUAAAAAACGGACUUAUUGAUAUGUAUGCCAAGUGUGGAUCACUGGGGCAAGCGAGAAGGAUUUUUGAUUCAAUGGAUAACGGAGAUGUAGUUUCGUGGAGCACCUUGAUAGUUGGAUAUGCACAGUCUGGAUUUGGAGAGGAAGCUCUCACAUUAUUCAGGGAAAUGAAAAGUUCGGGCAUAGAGCCAAAUCAUGUAACGUUUGUCGGUGUUCUUACUGCCUGUAGUCAUGUUGGGCUGGUGGAAGAAGGCUUGGAACUGUAUGCAAUCAUGCAAACUGAACACGGGAUUUCACCAACAAAAGAGCACUGCUCUUGCGUGGUCGAUUUGCUAGCUCGUGCUGGCCAUUUAAAUGAAGCUGAGAGAUUCAUCGAUGAAAUGAAGUUGGAACCUGAUGUUGUUGUGUGGAAGACUCUACUGUCUGCAUGUAAAACACAAGGAAAUGUUGAUCUUGCCCAAAAAGCUGCUGAAAAUAUUCUGAAGAUCGAUCCUUUCAACUCUACAGCUCAUGUAUUGCUCUGCAGCAUGCAUGCUUCUUCUGGAAAUUGGGAAGAUGCUGCAUUGUUGAGGAGCUCAAUGAAAAAGCAUGAUGUUAAAAAAAUUCCAGGACAGAGCUGGAUCGAUGUUGAGGACAAAAUUCAUAUAUUCUUUGCUGAAGAUGUUCUUCAUCCAGAGAGGGACGAUAUAUAUACAGUCCUGCACAACAUCUGGUCGCAGAUGCUAGAUGAGUGUAAUCCGCAACACAAGAAAAGAUUCCAGUUUAUCCAUGAAACCGAAAAAACAAACAUUUAAGUGACGUUUUUCUCUUCUAAGAGAAGCACAGAGAAUGCCAUUGUGUCUCAUCUGUAAGUUGCAUCUUCUUCCUUCUUGCUCUUGCCAUCAUGUCUCAUCUUGUUUGCUUGCUUAGAUAAAUGCUGUCGAUAGAUAUCUUGCGCUUUUCCUUUUCUUCAUCAAAUAUUAUUUCAUUUGGUUGUAACAAAAUCUUGUUCUGUUUAAUGUUUUUGGUUACCUAUUGAGUAAUAGUGAAGGACAGUUUACUUAUUGCUGCAUAAAUGAUGACAAAUUUC